CCCCCCCCCCCCCCCCCCCCCCCCCCUCAUCACAACUCAGUCACCAUGGAAACUUCAGAAAAGAAGGGCAGGAAGUCAGUGCGGGUGGAGUGGCAUCUGGAUCCUCCUGACGAACUAGCAGACACCUUGAAGAAGAACAAGAAGAAGAAGAAAAAGAGGAAGAAGAGACCGGAGGAGGAAGAGGUUGUCCUUCCCGUUUCUGCUGAAGAACCAGGAGACACCCCAAAGAAGAAGAAGAAGAGAAGACUGGAGGAGGAGCUCAUCCCUCCUGUAAAUCUUGAAGAACCAGCAGACACCCAGAAGAAGAAGAAAAAGAGAAGGCCGGAGGAGGAGCUCAGCCUUCCUGCGAGAACCAAGGAAGUCGGCACUUCUUACCCUGAAGGGCUCAUCCCUCCUGUGGAGGAAGACGAGAUUACGGAUGAUGACCCCCCGAAGAAGAAAAAGAAGAAGAAGAGAAGACAGGAGGAGGAGCUCAUUCCUCCUGUGGAGGAAGAGGAGAUUACGAAUCUAGACACCCCGAAGAAGAAAAAGAAGAAGAGAAGACAGGAGGAAGAGCUCAUCCCUCCUGUGGAGGAAGAGGAGAUUACGAAUCUAGACACCCCGAAGAAGAAAAAGAAGAAGAAGAGAAGACAGGAGGAGGAGCUCAUCCCUCCUGUGGAGGAAGAGGAGAUUACGAAUCUAGACACCCCGAAGAAGAAAAAGAAGAAGAAGAGAAGACAGGAGGAGGAGCUCAUCCCUCCUGUGGAGGAAGAGGAGAUUACGAAUGUAGACACCCCGAAGAAGAAAAAGAAGAGAAGACAGGAGGACGAGCUCAUCCCUCCUGUGGAGGAAGAGGAGAUUACGAAUGGUGACACCCCGAAGAAGAAAAAGAAGAAGAAGAAGAGAAGACAGGAGGAGCUCAUCCCUGCUGUGGAGGAAGAGGAGAUUACGAAUGUUGACACCCCGAAGAAGAAAAAGAAGAGAAGACAGGAGGAGGAGCUCAUCCCUCCUGUGGAGGAAGAGGAGAUUGCGAAUGAUGACCCCCCGAAGAAGAAAAAGAAGAAGAAGAGAAGACCGGAGGAGGAGCUCAUCCCUCCUGUAAAUCUUGAAGAACCAGCAGACACUCUGGAGAAGAAGAAGAAGAAAAGAAGACAGGAGGAGGAGCUCAUCCCUCCUGUGGAGGAAGAGGAGAUUACGAAUGGUGACACCCCUCCUGUAAAUCUUGAAGAACCAGCAGACACCCUGGACAAGAAUGUGGGUACACGUGAGGAGAAGUUCAUCCCUCCUGCGAGAACCAAGGAAGUCGGCACUUCUGCCCCUGAAAGGCUCAUCCCUCCUGUGGAGGAAGAGGGGAUUACGAAUGGUGACAAUGGCUCACUGGUAACCCUGGAAACCAGCAACAUCAAGGAAGAGGAAAGAGAUAAUGGUGUUGAGGAAAUUAUGUCGAAAGAAGGAAAAACAUCCGACAACAAUAAAAGCAUACCAGAGACGGGACGAGACGAGACGACGAGAGAAAAAACAAAGGUGGCAAAUGACAGAAUGAAUAAGGAAACAGAGAAUGUCGAUGGAUGUCUGGUGAAUGAGCUGCAGGAAUUUAUCCCAAAGGUCAAGGAGAGAUCAGAGAAUGAAAUUAAAAUACUGCUGCGAUAUGAUCUGCACCGGUUCAAGAGGUUCAAACAGCAAGGUGUGCCUCUGCGUUGGGGGCGGUACUCUGACGAGGAGAACGAACAGCUCAAGAAGAACGUGUCAGACUUCCUUGCUCUGACGGGCAUCAGCUCCAUUAGCCUUCUUCUGUUUCCCAACCGCUUCCCGGCGGAGGGGCCGAAAGUCAGAAAGCUGAAGGCCCAACACCACUUCCUGGAGAGCAUCGCUGAGCACAUUCCUCGUCCGUGUCAUCAGGUCUACACUAGAGCCAAGAAGAUCUUUGACUCGCGACAGUAUGGUGGAAGGUUCUCAAAGGGUGAGGUGGCAAGUCUGGUGAAAUUACAGACCCUCCACGGUAAUAACUGGAAAGCGAUUUCAGAGAAGAUGGACCGGAGCGUCUACGCCCUGCAGAAACGCUUUGCCACCACCGUCUCAGGCCGCGGCCCGUGGAACUCGGACGAGGAGUCCCAGCUGAAGCGGGCUGUCAGGGAGCACCUGCAGAGCCUGCUGCAGCCCGGCUCUGCUCUGACCAAAGACCAGCUGUUCAACAACCUGCCCUGGAAGGAGAUCAGCGAAAAGGUCCAGACAAGGUCCUGGACCCAGUGUCGCCUCAAAUGGUUCUCCAUCCUGAAGAACAGACUUUCUUCUUCUGGCAGGAGGUUUCGAAAUAAACCUGGAUGCUUCCAGGCCAAAAUCCUCCUCAUCAACAAAUUGCACGAGAGUUCCGUGGAGGAUAUCGCAGACAUCAAGUGGAACUCCGUCGCUGAGGCUGUUGGUAAUGUGACUCCUGUGUGCGUUCAGAAAAUGUUCCAGCGAUUGAAAGUGUCCAGAGUUCCUAACUUCACCAAAUUAUCCUACGGAGAGAUCAUCAACUUCCUGAAGGACAAGGUGGUUCCUGUUCUGGAAGACGAACUGAAACUGUGCGCAGGGGGAGAGGAGCACCAAGACGAUGUGGUGGAUCGGUACCAGCUGUCUGACAUCUUUGGACCAGAGGACGAGCUCUGAUGUGACCCCCAGUCCAUCCAAAAACUCUUAAUGAAAGACUUGUGGUCAUCCUGACAGGGAAUUCAUCUACACCAGCUUUUAUUGUUAAGAUCCUCAUGUGUUGAUCUGCUGAUUUUUAUUUUCUAACUAAAAUAAUUGACUUUUACAUAAUCUACGACUUCUUCCUUCCAUCUGAACCCAUCAGAAGUAUUGGUCAGAUCAAUCACCAAUGGUAUGCCCAACAAUUUAACACCAAACUGAGGUUCCUGAGAUCAUUUAAUGAGGUUAAAGUACAUACAUUUUUAUUAGUACAUGACGACUGUAGUCUGGCAGCAGGGGAUUGUGGGAGGUGUAGUUCAUUUGUUAGUGAUGGCACUGAGGUUGCUCGUCCUCCUCAUGAUGUUGGGGACGAACAGGAGCCCUGAUGCUCGCUCGAUGGUUUCUAUGGGAACCAAGAAGUUUUCCAGAGGAACCUUGUCAUCGACGGGUUGAUUGGGUAAAACGUAGGACCGGAGCUCCACCCCUCUGCCCUCCGCCUGCUCCAGGAUGAGCACCUGAGGAGAGGGGACAGGGAAACUCAGUACCCAGAAGAAUACGCUAGAAACAAGAAAUGUUGAACCACUGAGCUGCAAACUUAUAUUUAACAACGGUGCUCCAUUUCCUACGGAAAAAUAUUGAGGCCAUGCAGGAGAAAAGAUAUUUGAGAGGGGAAGAUUUUUUUUUAUUGUGCACUUUGAGAAAAAAGUCGAAAUGUCGAGAAUAAAGUUGAAAUACAAUUUUGUGAAUAAAGUCUAAAUGUCUCUUCUGGCCCAUCAAAUCCAGUUAGGAGAGCGACUGACAGCUCUGCAGCAGCAGCUGUAACUAACUAACUAACUUACAUCCUUGGAGUAACGUUAAGGGUACGUUUCUGAAGUUAUGCAACUGCAUAUGUGUGAUAUGUGUUUCAAAUCAUCAAUCAAAACUUUAUUCACAAAAUUUUGACUUUUUUCUCGAAAUUAUACUUCAACAUUAAUCUCGACAUUUUUCUCAAGGUGCAUAAUGGGAAAAAAAAAAUCUUCCUCUAAAAUAUUUUUAUUUUUCUCCUGCCUGGCCCUAAUACUCUUCUGUAAUUUCCACACUAAAAGGGACAGAACUGUAAAUAUAACCAUGAUUUUUAAUGGUUGGAAAAACAUCCUUCAAAUCAGUAAUGUUUGAAGUCCAUCUUGAGCUCCUGGCUCUCCUUCUGGAUUUGGGAUGUUAAAUGUUUAACCUUUUACAGCCCAUGGUUUUACCCGAUUUUAUCCUGGUGAAUUACAAUCCACCGUCAUCUUCCUCUUGGUGAUGGAGGACCUGCCGCCAGAACAUGUUCUCCAGGUACUCCAGCUUCCUCCCACAGCCCAAAAACAAGUAUAACAGGGUGUCUGGUGAUCCGUAGUAGAGCCCUGCACGACUGUUUUCUUCAUCCCGCUCCCGCAGUGUUUAUAUCCAAUCCCGCCCGCAUCCGCAAAACUCAGAGUUCAUGCCCACACAAUAAUAGAGAUGUAUUGAUUUAGUGUCUUCUCCCGUCUGGCAAGAGAAAUGUCCUGGACAAAUCUAUCUGAUUUAAUGUUAACAUGAUCAUUGUGGAGCUUGAUGGAUGAUUGACAGUUCAUAGGCACCUGACCAAAAGUUAGAUGCAAAUCCAUCAUUGUCAUCAUCACACAAGAUAUUUCUCCUUCCGCACAUCAAUUAUGGGAUUGAGGUUAUAGCAACGAGAGUAGCUGUGAGUGGCUCAAAUAACACUAGUAACAUAAAAUGAACAAAGUUAACGAAUGAAACAUUCAUUUAA